UAGCGCGGGGAGCUGUCCGGUGCUGAAACACAACCGAAGCGCAUUGAGGCAACACGGAGGACAUGCUGUUCACGCUCAUUCACAUUCUCUGAGCUCUACACAAAAGGCGGUAUGAUGUUGUCACUACUGAAACUGUCCGCCGGAGGGGUGGCAGUCCUGCUCGUUACCCUCCUCCAAACACUAACCGUGCAGGGCACCUCCGUGCGCCACCAUCGCCUGCGAGGCGGAGACCAGGGUGGCUUCCUUGCUCCCAGCUCCGAUAUGAUCAAAGCUCUGGAGUACAUCGAAAGCUUGAAGCAGAGAGCCGAUGGACCAGAGAGUCCAACAGGGGACUACGACGAGGUGGACAAAUUCCGCUUUCUAGUGCAGCUCGCCUCCCUACAGGACGAGAACACACCCACGCAUGAGGACGCCACACGUUGGCCUGAUAACAAGGUGCCACAGUGGGUUCGAUCUCUGCUGCGGGUGCUUGAACAAGCUGGAGAGACUCUGGAAAGCCAGCCAGCGCCCAGAAAUGAGCGGCGUCCUCACAAGAGCAGACGCCCGGUGGCAGACGCAGAGAGCCCUGUUGGAGACUACGGGGGCUUCGUGAAGCCGCACAAGAAGUAUCCACUGAUGUUUGAGGACGAGGAGAACGGCAGGGACAGCAAGCGUGCGACUGAGGAUUUGGACGAGCAGUACACCCCUCAGAGCCUCGCCAACAUGCGCUCUAUAUUCGAAGAGCUUGGUAAACUGUCUGCCGCGCAGAACCAGAAGCGAGAGAACCAGGAUGAUGAAGACGCCGAAGACGACAAUGACCUCUACAAGGUUAGAAACUUGGCGUACGAGGAUGUGACCGGAGGGGAGGAAUGGGUGCCACUAGAGGAGCAGCUCGAGAUGGAGGAAGUAGUUAAAGGAAGCCGUGAAGAAUACGAACGAGGGCUAGGAGAUAACGGAGAGCAGGACGAGGCCAUUGAAAGACGAGCUAGCCCUACUGAAGACGAUGACGAGAACCCAGACGAUGACACAAAACUCGUGGAUUACUACCUGUUGAAGGUCUUGGAGAUGACAAACCAGGCACAAAAACGGGACCUGAUGGAAGGAAGGAGGAGGCUACUGUCCCAACCCUCUCUAAUCGACCCUAGGGCUAUCAAACAACUGCUGUCGGCUAUUUCAAUGAAGCUCCAGGUGCCUCCAGAGGACCUGGUUGGAAUGCUCUUCAUGGAGGAAACCAGAAAACAACAACGCCUUCCUGAGACCCAGCUGGCUAGGAAGCCCAGCCAACCUCGGUUCAAGAGCCGGGUCAUCAAGUAUUACAACGGUCGACAGCCUGAAGUCACAGUGAGUGAUAUCCCACCUGAUGUCAAAACUGAGGAUAUCAUGAAAGUCCUUGGGUUAGGGAAUCUGGCCAACAAGAACGCAAAAUUUUCUUUGCUAAAGCAAAGGCCCUACAAAACAGCCAUGGCAAAGUACUUCAACCCCAGCGGAAGACGGGGAAGCUUGUUCCUGUCCGAGUUAAACAAAGCUCCAAGCAAAAGAAAAGAUGAUUAUGAUGAUGAUGCAGUGGAUGAGGAUGAAGAGUCGACCUUCCUCGCUGCCAAACUCCUGACUGAGUACCCCGACACCAGCUCGAGCGAUCGCAAGAGAGCCAUCGAUUCUGCCACGAACGGACAGUUGCCUUAUGAUUUGUAUGAGGAGGCCAUGAAAGAUUUCUUUGAUCAGGUUGAUAAUGGAAAAAGCACACCCACCAAAAGAGACACCCAAGGGAAAGAGGAGCCCGAGGCGCCCCAAAAGCCGCCCACUCAAGAUUCAGCACAGGAGACCGUAGAUCAAACCCCACCUGUGCCUGGAACAGAAGAGGGUAAAGAGUAUCACGGGAAAAUGGUUGCAGGAAUGUGAAGAGCCUGAGUGUGUAUUUUUUUCCUCCUGCUCGUAUUCUGACAAGUCCCACCCCUUGACCUUUUAUCUCUUUGAUAUGGUUGCUAUGGCUACAUGAACGACUUCUGAACUGUCCAAAUUGCAAGCCGGUUGUAAGGAGCUCCUACUAGCCAAUCCUGCCAUAGAAGGGACUUGUCAGAGUAUGAAAGGGGGGAAAAAAUAUUGCUUACUCGUGGGACAUGCCUAUAUCUCCUCAAAAGUUAUUUUAAAAAAAGUAAACAGUUUAAAGUGCUUUAGUUUUCAUGGAAUUCUAUAUGAUGUAAAUAUAUAUGGUAUAUCAAUGUGCGGGAGUUCAAGUGUAUUUUAUCUGUCGUUUAUGAACUGGUGGUCCUCGAAAUGUUUUCUUGUUCCUUUUGUUGGCAUCAAGAGAAUGUUCCUGUAGUCGUAGGACUCCGCUUGCUGCAAACUUUACAAGCUAUUUCAUUAUCAAACCAAUAAAGUUGGAUGUGAUUCUCAUUUAUAAAUCAUUUUGUACGUGUUCUAAAGUGUGAGAAGAGAAACAUGAAUAAAGCAUUACUGUAUUAUUUUUCCUCUCGCUGUAUUGUGCUGCCUUAUUACACUGAGCAUGAUUCAACAUAAAAAUAUCAUAUUAUGACUUUAAACAAGAAACAUGAAACCCAGUCUGUGCUGGAUCUUGAAAAAGAAGAAAAAAUAUCAAUCACAUAUUAAUAUUUGCAUUUGAGGUCAUAGAAAAAGCCAAGGAUGUCCACUUGAUGAUACAGGACCUAAAAACAGCGCCAGGCAUAGUCUCAUAAUAAGAGAUAAUAAUAGAAAACAAAUCCAUUAAAGUGCACAAAAAUAAACUGCUGGAGGGAUUUUAGAAAGCACCGGAUGCAUUUAAUUAGAGAAAAUUGCAAACACUUGCCUGAGACUAAAUCAUAUCAAAAAGACAAUUUUAAUUAAAUCAACAAAGUGUGCUCAUAAAACAGCAUUAACAUUUCAUCAAAAGUGUUUUUUUUUCUUUUUUUUCUUGAACUAAAUGUCUCCUGAGACAUGCAACGUGUUUAAAAACAUGAAAAGGCACUUCAGAUAAGCCAAGGUUUAAGGUUAUUGCAAAUAUAUGAUUAUUAUAUAAAAUGAUUUUGAUAUAAAAGUUGAACAUUAUCAGCUGAAUCUAUGGUUGCAUUUGUAUAUGCAUGCUGGAGCCAUCACAGAAAUUCUGCAUUACAUUUAUUUUUAUAAGCUGACAAGACAUAACCUAUUCAAAAACACAACAUGAACCCUGAUUCAGUUCUAUUAAAAUUUGAGUGGAAUUGAUAAAGUUCAUACAAGCAUUGAGAAGAAAAUAAUAAUAAUAAUAAUAA